GGUAGUCGUGGUGGUUGCGGUAGUCGUGGUAGUUGGGGUAGUCGUGGUAGUUGGGGUAGUCGUGGUGGUUACGGUAGUCGUGGUAGUUGGGGUAGUCGUGGUGGUUGGGGUAGUCGGGGUAGUCGUGGUAGUUGGGGUAGUCGUGGUAGUUGGGGUAGUCGUGGUAGUUGGGGUAGUCGUGGUGGUUGCGGUAGUCGUGGUGGUUGCGGUAGUCGCGGUAGUUGGGGUAGUCGUGGUGGUUACGGUAGUCGUGGUAGUCCUGCAGGUAGUCGCGGUAGUUACGGUAGUCGUGGUAGUUGGGGUAGUCGUGGUGGUUACGGUAGUCGUGGUAGUCGUGGAGGUAGUCGCGGUAGUUACGGUAGUCGUGGUAGUUGGGGUAGUCGUGGUGGUUACGGUAGUCGUGGUAGUUGGGGUAGUCGUGGUGGUUACGGCAGUCGUGAUAGUUGGGGUAGUCGUGGUGGUUACGGUAGUCGUGGUAGUUGGGGUAGUCGUGGUGGUUACGGUAGUCGUGGUAGUUACGGUAGUCGUGGUAGUCCUGCAGGUAGUCGUGGUAGUUACGGUAGUCGUGGUAGUUGGGGUAGUCGUGGUAGUCGCAGUAGUCACGGUAGUUACGGUAGUCGUGGUAGUUACGGUAGUCGUGGUAGUCGCGGUAGUCACGGUAGUCACGGUA